AUGACUUCAUUUCAAGCCCUCCGUACCCAGUAUGCCUCCCUACUGAAACGAUUCCUCGCAUCAUCAAAAGAAUUCGAUGUUCUCACAACAAUUCCACCCGACCACUCCGCGGAAUCAGAGACGUUGUAUGUCUUAGACUCCUCCUUCAAUCCCCCCACCCGCGCCCACCUCCGCAUAGCCAGCACUGCCCUUCUGGAAAACCCCAAGCCCCGUCCCCGCCUCCUACUCCUGCUCGCCACCCAAAAUGCAGACAAACCAUCCAAUCCCGCCUCAUUCGAGGACCGGCUCGCAAUGAUGGAGCUAUUUGCACGCGAUCUCCGCUCGCGCCUUGCGGAAUCGCCAGCCUUCGCGGCAUCGGGCCUCACACAUGCCAUUGAGUCUCUCCCUCUAGUCGAUAUUGGCGUCACGCGGAAGCCAUAUUUCGUUGAUAAGGCCGCUGCUAUUGAGGCGUCGGACUCGUAUCCUGUCGCGCUGGAGCAGGUCCACCUUACUGGCUAUGAUACUUUGAUUCGCAUCUUUAAUUCAAAAUACUACCCCCCUGCACAUACAUUGCAGCCUCUGGAACCGUUCCUCGCGAAGCACCGCCUGCGUGUGACUAUGCGGCCGAGCGAUGAGUGGGGUGGUAAAGAGGAGCAAAUUGGCUGGGUGGAGGCUCUUGCUAGAGGUGAUCGGGAUUCUGAGGGUGGGCGUCGUGAGUGGGCACAGCGCAUUCAGCUGGUCGAGGGUAGGUCUCCUAGUGAGAGGCCUGUGAGUUCGACUUUGGCUAGGGAGGCACUGCAAUCCGAUCCCAAGAACCUGGAGUGGUUGGUCCCAGAACAGGUGCGGCAAUUUGUUCUGUCGGAACGUCCGUAUUCUGGAAAUAGCAAGGUGUAG